GAAUGCAUUCAUUUCACUUAUCUUCUUCACUUUAUUAUCUUUAUCUUCUUACUGGCCCGGUUGCCUACAAUGCCCCCUCCCGAGCAGCCUUCUUCACCUUCGUCUUUAUCGACACAUGACUCCUCGUCGUUGCACCAUCUACCCAAUGUUAUAGAAGUCCCCUUCGACAACCUUUUCACCCCUGCAGCAGAAACAGAAACAGAAACAGAAAUAGAAGCACAGAGUAAAGGAGCUCAACUUAAUCAAAAAAGAAAAAGAGUUGCUGAUGUUUUACUAGAAAAGUCAAAGGAUGGCAAACUUCAGCACGGUUUAAUCAGCAAAGUUGCUGAGGAAUUCAGCUUUACAAGGAAAACUGUGAGCAACAUUUGGCAAAUUGCUAAAGCACAAUUGGACUCCGGCCUACCUAUUGAUGUUCAAUACCAUUGGAAAGGAAGUUGUGGCAGAAAAAGGGUGCUUGUAAACAUGGAAAAACUGGCAGCUAUCCCGUUGUCUAGACGCAAGAACAUGCGUGCACUUAGCUUUGCCAUGAAGGUAAGCAAAAAAGACUAUGCUCUGCCAGAGGAACAUGACCCCUACAGAACCACUCAAAGCAAAAGCUUCAUACCAAAGAUCAUGUUCCUGGCUGCAGUAGGCAGGCCAAGGUAUGGGGAGGGUGGAGAUGUGUUAUGGGAUGGGAAAAUAGGCAUUUUCCCAUUCACUUUUGAACAGGCAGCGCAAAGGUCUAGUAAAAACAGGCCUGCAGGGACAUUGGAAACAAAGGCUGAACCAACUGUGAAUAGAGAUGUUAUGAAGAGAAUGUUACUGACUAAUUUGAUACCUGCAAUUAAGCAGAAAUGGCCUGGGUCAUCAAGGGAUAUUAUUAUCCAACAAGAUAAUGUUAAGCCUCAUGUGGAUGGCAAUGACCCUGAAAUUGCUGCUGCUGCUCAAGAAGGGGACUGGAACAUUCCACUGAAAUUCCAGCCCCCCAACAGCCCUGAUUUAAAUGUACUUGAUCUAGGAUUUUUUAGAUCCAUUGACUCAGUACAAGACCAAACAGCUCCUAGGUCAUUGACAGACUUGGUUAAGUCUGUCACAACAGCCUUUGAAGAACUAUCACAUGACAAACUAAACAAUGUCUUCUUAACUCUACAAGGGGUGAUGGGUGAGAUACUCAGUCAUAAUGGAGGAAACCAAUUCAAAAUUCCUCAUAUGGGAAAAAGUAAGUUGGCCAGACAAGGAAUACUACCACAGAAUUUGGGAGUAAGCACAGAAGUGUAUGAGAAUGCACAAAAGUUCUUAGAGGAACAUAUGUAAGUACUUAAUGAUUAAGUACUUUUUUGGUGUGUGUGCAAAGAUGGUCAAGGGAAGGUACAAUAUCUAUAUGUACUUCCAAGUGAACCUUUUGCACAUUCUUUUUGCUUUUUGUUGGCCUAGAAUGCCAUUUUUUGCUUUUUGUAAAAGUAUAUCAUAUUCUGAUCAAGUGUAGCAUAUAAUAGGGACUGCACAUUUUUUGUUUUUUGUAAAAGUAUAUCAUUUUCUGAUCAAGUGUAGCAUACAAUAGGGACUGCACAUUUUUUGCUUUUUGUAAAAGUAUAUCAUGAAGUGUAUCAAGUGCACCAAAGUUUUAUUGGAAUGAAGUGUAUCAAGUGCAGCAAAUGUAUCAGAUAGAGGCAACAAAUAGAAUCAGACAGAGGCAAGUGUUCAAUUGUAGUAAAUGAACUAGAGAAAU